UUUGUGUGGCACUUGCCUUUCCAAGGAUUCAGGGGUUGCCAUAUGUGGUUGUCAUGAAGAGCACAUAUUAGAGAGAUUCUUUCCAGGCUGUGGUAACACUAAGGAAGAGUGAUGGAGUGAUGGACUGAUGGUAAAGAAAAACAAUCCCUGUUAUUGAAUGUGAUAGAUGGGAAAGUUCAGGGCGUGCUGAAGAAACACAACAGCUCCACCCAGAUCCCACCCAGGAUCUUGUUCUUCCACAUGGCCACAGUGCACAAAAUGGUUUAAAUUCAUUCAUUCGUUAUGGUAGGGGCAUUGCACCCCAGGAAGGACUUGGAGAUGAAGAGGGAAAGAGGAUACUCAGCAUUUAGAAGGAAGAAGAGAGAGAAGAAACAUCUGCCUUCUCUUCCACAUGCAGGAAGGAUGGAACCCACAGAAAACAAACACCAGGGAAAUCAAACAACUGUGACAGAAUUCAUUCUCCUGGGAUUCGGGGAUCUUCCUCAACUGCAGAUUUUUCUCUUCCUGCUGUUCCUAGUGAUCUACAUCGCGACUAUGGCCGGGAACAUCCUCAUCAUUGUGCUAGUUGUGGCUGAACAACACCUGCACACCCCCAUGUACUUCUUCCUGGGGAACUUGUCCUGCUUGGAGACCAGCUACACCUCCACGAUGCUGCCCAGGGUGCUUGCCGGGCUCCUGACUGGGGACAGAACCAUUUCUGUUACUGGCUGUAUCGUACAAUUAUAUUUCUUUUGUUCUCUGGCAGGCACAGAAUGUUGUCUCUUAUCUGUGAUGUCUUAUGAUCGGUAUUUAGCGAUAUGCAAACCACUGCAUUAUACAGCACUAAUGAAUGGCAGGUUGUGCCUCCAGCUUGCGGUUGGGUCAUGGAUAGGUGGAUUUGCGUCUGUUGCCUUCUUAAUAUCUAUGUCACAAAUAACAUUUUGUGGCCCCAACGAAAUUGACCAUUUCUUUUGUGAUUUUAAUCCAAUAAUAAAACUGUCCUGCAGUGAUACUCACUGGCUGGAGGUUUCCGCUGUCAUACAUUCCUGCAUAUUCACAUUUCCUCCAUUUCUGUUGACCCUGGCAUCUUAUGUUCACAUCAUCACCACCAUUAUAAGAAACCCAUCCCCCACUGGCAGGCAAAAGGCCUUUUCCACCUGCUCCUCCCACCUCAUUGUUGUGACAAUUUUCUAUGUAACCCUCAUCAUUGUGUAUCUACUAUCGGACUCUGAUGCACUGAGAGACUUGAACAAAGUGUGCUCUGUUUUCUAUGGAGUCCUGACCCCUUUGGUUAACCCCCUCAUCUACAGCCUGAGAAACAAGGAGGUAAACAAAGCCUUGAGAAAAGCUCUCCUUAGAUUUUUUGUCUUUUAAAUGAAUACAGGGAUUCAGACAUGAUAGAUAGGUAGCUAGACGGAUAGAUAGUAUCUAUCUACCUAAUAUACAUCUACCUUAUAUGUUAAGUGUUA